UACCCAAAAAAUCUACCUUCAUCAUGAAGCCUCCAGUUUUCGCUGCCGCAAUCUUGGAUUUCGCCUGUCGCCAUGUUGUUGUUUUUCGCCUCAAAAUGAGCGGAAGUUACCGUAUUUUAAAACUAAAAUUUAAAAUGGUCACUAAGGGAAUACAUAAGCAGUGAGAAGAGCAUUGGUGUGCUUCAUCCAUGAACAAACAUCAUUAAUGUACGGACAUGUUCAGCUGUGGGAUAUUUGCGCCAUUUAUUGAGUUGCGCGGUGCGCGCGAGACGUCAUAUUUAUAAUAUUUCCCACGUCGCCUGAAGGCAGCAGCAGAGCGGAGACCGCUGCAGGCUGCGCGGGAGAAGAGACGCGGGGCGCCGGCUCGUGGAGGUGUCCGUGUCCCCUUCGUGGAGGUGUCCGUGUCCCCCUCGUGGAGGUGUCCCUGUCCCCCUCGUGGAGGUGUCCGUGUCCCCUUCGUGGAGGUGCCCGUGUCCCCCUCGUGGAGGUGUCCCUGUCCCCCCUGGAUUAAUGCUCGUUUAUUCACGUGCGUGUCGUGCUUCACGUGAGGAAGAAGAGGAGGAGACGUGAGAGAGGAGAGAGACACGGCAGCCUCGAGCAACAGGAGCGAACAUCUCAUCUAUUCAUUAUUUAUUUUAUUUCUAUUCUUCCUCAAACGCUCAAAGAAAUGCGGUGACAACGUAAUGAUUGACCUUUGACCUUUGACUCUGGAGGAGGGAGGCGUGUCUCCCAGGGGGGAUGAACAUGGAGAGCUUCCCAGGGGGCGGCGGCGGCUCGGGACCCAACGCCACGAACGGCUCCGUCCCGCCGGCGCUCCCGUUCGCAGACGGCGCGGCGGCGGCGACGGCGGUCGUCCUCGGCCUCCUCACCGUCCUCACGGCGCUGAUCAACGCCGCCGUCAUCGGCGCCAUCUGCACCACCCGGAAGCUGCGGCUGCCCGCCAACUACCUCAUCUGCUCGCUGGCCGUCACCGACUUCCUGGUGGCGCUGCUCGUGAUGCCCGUCAGCAUCCUCUACAUGACCACGGAGGCGUGGACCCUGGGCCGGGUGGCGUGCGAGCUGUGGCUGAGCCUGGACAUGACCUGCUGCACCUGCUCCAUCCUGCACCUGUGCGUCAUCGCCCUGGACCGCUACUGGGCCAUCACCAAGGCCAUCGCCUACGCCCGCAAGCGCUCGGCGCGCCGCGCCGCCGCCAUGGUGGCCGUGGUCUGGGUCAUCUCGGUUUUCAUAUCCAUGCCGCCGUUGUUCUGGAGGCAGAGGCCCGGCGGCGGCGGCGGCGGCGGCGGCCUCCACCAGUGCGUCAUCGAGCACGACCACCUGGGCUACACCAUCUACUCCACCGUGGGGGCGUUCUACAUCCCCAUGGUGGUCAUCCUCAUCCUGUACUACCGGAUCUACACCGCCGCCAAGACGCUGUACCAGAAGCGCGGCGGCUCCGCCCGGCAACUCAGCGGCCGCUCGGCGGGCAGUCAGAACUCGGCGGACCGCUGCCGGGUCGCCCACACGUUCUGCGCGUCCGACCCGUCCAACUCGGACGCCGCCGAGAAACCCGACGGCGCCGAGACGGACGCGGACGAGAAGAACCAGAUAUGCACGUCGCGCGAGAGGAAGGCGGCGAGGAUCCUCGGCCUCAUCCUCGGGGCCUUCAUCGUCUGCUGGCUGCCGUUCUUCCUGAAGGAGGUGCUGGUGGGGCUGCGGGUGGUGCGGCCCUCGCCCGCGGUGUCGGACUUCCUGACGUGGCUGGGCUACGUCAACUCCCUGGUCAACCCGCUGCUGUACACCAGCUUCAACGACGACUUCAAGGCGGCUUUUAAAAAGCUGCUCGGGAGGAAAGAGCACGCGUGAAGGGUUGAGUUCUAAAAAGACAAAAGAGACCGAAGGGACGUAAACGACGUUAACGACGUAAACAACGUUAACGACGUAAACAACGUGAACGACGUAAACAACGUGAACGACGUAAACAACGUUAACGACGUAAACAACGUUAAUGUCUGCAGCGACAUGGAGAUGUUGUGCUUUUCAAGUAAAAGAAGUUACAUCUCAACAAACAA